CAUUCACAUGUACUUACUACGUGUGGGUGGAAACUUUCCUGCACACUUGUUCUGUCAGUAUCACUGUUUACAUUCAAAGAGGGACGUCCUACAGGUGGUAAUACUAGCUAAUCCUGUUUGGUGACUAGCUCAAGCAGAAAACCAAGGCAAGUCUUUCAACCGUAAAACACAAAAAGGGAACUAAAGCAUUUUCACUCUGGAAUUAAAAGACCACCUUAAACUGUAGAGCUGUUCAUAAUAUUAUGAAUUAUGGCUUCUUCAGUGUCGCGAGUGUGUCAGAGAAAAACAAUCAUAUGUCCCAUUACUACUCUUAUUUUUGUUGUCACACAUCUACCAUUCAGCCUGCAGGAUACUGUUAAAAAGACAUCUACUGAGAAUUUGACUUUUUACCAGAGUGAUGCCACGUUUUAUGACUGCAUAUUUGAAGUUACAGUUUUAAAUGAUAAUUCCAUGAUGCAAAAAUGGGAAUCCUGCUGUAAAAACUUCAGUGAAGCCUGGAGAAAUGCAGAGCAACACACCAGAAAGCCUCAACACAAGCACCUGGAGAAAGAUCAUUCUGCUGCUUUAUAUAUGUACACAAAAUCUAUGUUGCAACCUGUAAACCUCAACUUCAAGUCUGCAAAUAGAACUGGAAAACCAAAGGAGACAUUUGAGUCACGCUCACUUUAUUCUUUUCUAACUGAAGGCAUUCAGAUUUUAAAACACAGCCAGGUGACAUGUGUUAGUACACAUUUUCAAGCAGAGACACUUUUACAUCUGAACAUCUCUAACAAACAGGUUCGGUUUAGCACCUUCAUGUUAGGCUCUGAUGAGUGGGACUUUGCACGGAACCUCUCAUGUUUUGAGGUGCAAACGUGCUUUGGCGCUGACAUAACAUAUUACUCUGCCCUGAAAAAAAAUAAUCAGGUGCUAAUUCCCCCAUAUGAGAUUUUCAAAGUCAAUGACAUCCAGAAAGAAACAAAGGAAUGCAGAAUCAGCUAUAGACUCACAAGCAAUAUGAACUGUGUUUAUAGCAAAGAAAGCAAUAUGUUGCAUCCAAUAUCUGCAGUAGUAGAUGGAUUUUGUGUAAUUUUUACUAUUAUUUGUAUUGUUCUAAUUUGUCUUUUGUUGUCUUUUGUUUUGGUGAAAGUGUACCAUAAGACCAAUGCUGUUUAUGGUUCUUCCUUUCCAUCUAAGUUACAGCAGCCACAUUGUGGAUUAUAUUAGGCUGAUCUUUGCAUUUUGUAUUUUAUUCUUCAUGCAUAUGUUUUGUUUUUAAUACAUUCAUGCAAACAUACAUAAAAAAUAAAAUCAUU